UCUGGAUGGCGCGAAAUGUUUGUUUACAUGGUUUCGCGCUGUUACAAGCAAAAUUGUGUCAAAAGAUUUAUGAAAAAUGACUAGGAAAGUGAAUACAUUACUUUGUGUGUCAGCCAAAGUGGUUGUUCACCCAAUAUAAAAUUUUUCCCUUUCACAGUCCUGGAUCAGAAUGGAUGUGUAUCCAGAAGCCGAAACCGAAACGACGUUAGAUUUGAAAAAUUUUACGUGCGGAAGUGAAGAAACAAAACAAAGUGUUAUCCAUCAAAUUGACAAGGAAUCUUCGAGCAAGCUUUGCUCAGCACAGGUAGUUUUAAAUUUGGCAGUUGCUGUUAAAGAACUUGUUGAAAAUAGUUUGGACGCUGGUGCACGCAAUAUAGACGUAUUUUUGAAAGACUAUGGAAGUGAUACAGUAGAAGUCUGUGAUGAUGGAUCGGGCGUCGUUGAAAGAGAUUUUCAGGCUUUGACCCUGAAACACCAUACCUCUAAACUAAGGGAUUACUCAGAAUUAAGUUUUGUUGAAACCUUUGGGUUUCGCGGAGAAGCACUGAACUCUUUGUGUGCCCUUGGUGACUUGACAAUUUUAACACGCCACAGUAGUGCCAGUUGUGCAACAAGACUGGAAUUUGACCAUAAUGGACACAUAACAAAGCAAACACCAUGUGCUCGUCAGGUAGGGACAACGGUCUGCAUCAAGAACCUAUUUGUAACAUUUCCUGUGAGACAUAAGGACUUCCAGCGCAACUUGCGUAAAGAAUUCAGCAAAAUGGUGCAGAUUCUACAUGCUUAUUGUCUCAUCUCCACCGGUGUAAGGAUCACAUGUACAAACCAGCCAAAGAAGGGUAGCCGCACUACUGUUGUUAGUACUCAGGGAAGCAAUACUAUAUCUGAAAAUAUUACCUGCAUAUUUGGUUCAAAACAGGUUCAUGGACUUAUGAAGAUAUCUCAAGUAAAACCAAGUGUAGAAAUUCUGCAGAGCUUAGGCCUCUCUGAAAAACUUGCUGAUGCAGAUUACCCAUUCACACUGGAGGGCCUCGUAUCGUCUUGCUCUCAUGGAGAAGGCAGAUCAGCUCCUGACAGACAGUUUUAUUAUGUGAACUCGAGGCCAUGUGAGCCAGCACAGGUGAUGAAAGUAGUGAAUGAUGUUUAUCACGUGUUCAACAAAAAGCAGUACCCAUUUGUUUUUAUGAAUAUAAAAAUGGAGAAAGAUAAUGUUGAUGUGAAUCUAACUCCUGACAAGAGGCAAGUUUUGCUGAACCAAGAAAAACUUCUAUUGGCAUCUAUAAAGGGAUCAUUGCUGAAACUAUAUGAGUCGGUUCCUUCAACACUCAAGGUGAAUAACGUACCAUCUUUUACACAAUCUCCUACACCAUCACCAUCAUUAGAAUCACCUCUAUCAGGGUUAGAUAUCAUACAACAGUGGCGCCGUUCUCCAAGCAGUGAUUCUGGGUCCCCAGUGAGUGGUGUUUGUUCUCCUUCAAGUAACUAUAGUUCUCCAGGAGGAGCCACUGGAUCUCCAGGAACUCUUGGGUCAUCAAAGAGAGGCAUUAAAAGGACUCUUGAGAUUAUUCGCCAAGAUAAAUAUGGCCGAUCAAAACAGCAUUGUCUGAACAACUACUUUACACAUAUGAGUGUGAAAAAAACAGGUGUAUCUGAGGUAGUAGACACAGCUGCACAAGCACACACCAAAAAGGGAAAUGGUGACAACAGUUUUGAAAGGAAUGUGUACUCAUUCAGCAGAACUGUGUCUGUCCUUUCUGAUGAGUCACCUGAAUCUAUUAAAACUCCUUUUGAAUAUGGAGAAGAAUCUGAGGAACAGAAUCUAAACAGUAUAGUAUCUACAUUCAGUCGUACUACAUCUGUUUCCUCUGCAGCCGAAAGUAAAAACAGUGUGUCAGAUAGAAUCCAGACAUGUUCAGAAAAUGUGAAUCUAAUCAGUGAGGAUUAUUUAGAACAAAGAACUUGUGUGACCAGUAGAACGACAAAUAAGACUCCUGAUGUGGAAACUGAAAUAUUUGUUGGUAGUAGUAAUAAUGUUACUGCAGAAGAACCCAGACCCGUAGAUGUUACAAGUGAGAUAAACUCUAUAGAUGAUGAAGUGAUCAUUACAGAAGAUGAAAUAGGUGACCAUGAAUUUGUCACUUCUGAAGUUACUUAUGUAUCGGAACCUAUUAGAUGGAAUGUUGAUUUAAAUUCCAUUACUGAAGAAAUGGAAGCUUUUAAACGGUUGUCCAAGUCUACAGCAGAUGCAGAAUGUAACUUUAAAUUCAAAGCUGAAAUUGAUCCAGCGCAGAACUCUCUUGCAGAACAAGAGCUUAGGAGAGAGAUUACAAAAGACAUGUUUGCUAAGAUGAAAAUAGUUGGGCAGUUUAAUAAAGGUUUCAUUAUAACACAUUUGGAUUCCGAUCUCUUCAUCAUUGAUCAGCAUGCAUCAGAUGAAAUUUACAAUUUUGAAAUGUUGCAAAAAACUGUAUCACUUCAAAACCAGAAACUUGUUGUGCCACAGAAGUUAGACCUCACUUAUAUUAAGGAAUGUUUACUCAUUGAAAAUUUGGACAUUUUCAAUAGAAAUGGUUUUGAAUUUAUUAUUGAUGAAACAGCUGAACCAACAAAGAGGGUGAAAUUGAGUUCAAUUCCCAUUAGCAAAAACUGGACGUUUGGGAAGGAUGAUAUAGAUGAGUUGCUGUUUAUGUUGGAAGGUGCUCCCCAUGUAAUGUGUCGACCAACUCGUGUACGGGCAAUGUUUGCAUCACGAGCAUGUCGUAAAGCCGUUAUGAUUGGAACAGAUCUUAGUCUAGCAGAAAUGCGAAGAAUUGUUGAUCAUAUGGGUGAGAUGGACAGUCCCUGGAACUGCCCACAUGGACGCCCAACUAUGCGGCACUUGGUAAAUUUCAGCAUUUUCUUCAAAAAUGAACUACCAGAUUCAGGAAUUAAAGUAAUUAGCAAAUAAUUUUAGUGCUGUUAUGUUGAUUUUGUUAUAAAAUAUACAAAAAACACAAAUGAUGUAAAAAAAUUACAGAAAUUCUUUUAUAGAAACAAUUUACAUAUUUUUAUAGCAGUUUUGUUCUUGGCGUUUGAUACUUGUAGAUAAGAAUAUUUAUUUGAUAGGCAACUGAGGAGCAGUUAAGACUGUUGUGCCUUAAAAGAUUUUCUUUUAAUUAGUAGGCCUAUGCUUUUACAUUCACAGUUUAGUUUGA